GUGGGGUGCUUUAGAUUUAUGCACUGUACAUGUAGGUGUUUAAAGCAAGAGGUAGGUCAUACAGGCCCAAUUCACCGGUGCCGAGUUUAGUAAGAAGUCUGUCUACAGUGACAGAAUUCCGUGGCAGGGAAAACUCAUCAGAAGAACGGAGCUACGGUUUUGUCCAAGCGCUUUAUUUUGGCAACAAACAGGGUAGCUCUGUCGAGUUGGUUGGAGUUGUUAAAGACAUAGCUACAUCUGAGAUAAACGAUGUAUAACCCUGGAGACGAUACUCUAGUCAUUGAGAGGAAGGAUGUUGUAGACACUGAAACAGAAGAUGAAGACGAUGAUGCGUCUUCAUCCUCAGGGAAAAGAUACAAAGGAUACUGCUUUGGUAGACUUAAUCCAGACCUCCUCCUCUGUAAGAUCUUCUAUUUCACCUUCUACGGUUCUUACGGAAGCUUGUAUCCACUCAUCGCAGUCUACUUCAAGCAACUGGGUCUCACUGCUACUGAGAGUGGUAUCCUCGUUGGUAUCAGACCAUUUGUGGAGUUCUGUGCUGCGCCAAUGUGGGGUGCGGUGGCUGAUACAUGGCGUAAGGCUAAGUUUAUCUUGUUACUUUCACUCGUUUCGUGGUUGGUGUUCACUGAAGCUGUAGCUUUCAUCGAACCUGGGAAUACAGUUUGUGUCAUGUUGAAUACUACCAACCCUAAUAUUACUGUUGUUGUGGAUAGUACUGGCGUCAGGAUAACUCACGUUAAAAGUGUCCCUAAAGGACAUGUGGAAGUGGUUGACAUUUCUGUCAAGAAGAGAAAAUAUUCGAAUAUACUUCUAGACGAUGUAAGUUUUCUUAACGAGUCAUUCACUCAAAGAAAUGAGCUGUUUACUACCGAUGAGAACAGUGUUUCCACGCCUCCAAUUAAAGCCAAAAAACCCUUGGAUCGUACAUUGACUUUUAUCAAGUACAAAUAUGAGAACACUAAAAGUGUAUUUAUUCUACUUCUUCUGUUGAUGAUUGUUGGCGAGUUCUUCAGCUCACCAACUAUCACCCUUGCCGACUCGGCCACCCUGGGUUACCUCGGCCACCAAAGGAUGGAGUUAUACGGUCGCCAGAGAAUGUUUGGCUCCUUGGCCUGGGGUCUUAUCAUGUUUCUUGAAGGCCUGAUCUUAGAAAGGACCAAGAUAGUGAGUGUAGAAUGUGAUGGUUAUGCGAUGCAAGAAAAGGAAAAUUACCUCAUUUGUUUUGGUACGUAUGCUGUGCUGAUCACAUGUUCAUUCUUCAUAGCCACUCAACUUUCUUUCACGUACCAAGCAGCGGAAAAGAAGAAACUCACAACGUACAAAGAUCAAUCGUCCGAUGAAUUGAUUCUGUUGCAACAGGUUAAUACCAGUGGAAAACGCAAAGAAACAUACACCAGUAAGAAGAAGAAACAAUUGGUCCUUGAAAACAGCGACGAUGGGGAGCCGAAAUACAGCGAGGUUCUUGGCUUGUACGCCAGCGUCAAAUACGGAACUGUGUUGUACGUCGUCUGGUUUGCAGGCUUCGGGUUUGGGUUCCUCUUUACAUUUCUCUAUUGGCAUCUCAAGGAGCUUGGAGGACCACCGACACUGUUUGGAGUUGCAUCUAUGGUCAAUCAUUCAUCUGAAGUGACUGGAUAUUUCUUUAGUAGUUGGUUGAUACGGAAGAUGGGUCAUAUUCCAUUGAUAUGUUUGGGAUUGAUGUGUUUUGCAGUUCGGUUUAUUGUCAUCUCGUGGCUGGUGAAUCCAUGGUGGGUGCUCGUUGUGGAAUCUUUACAAGGAUUAACCCAUGCUGCUAUAUGGGCUGCUAGUACAUCUUACAUCGGAGCAGCCACCUCCCAGAAGAAUCGCUCGUCUGCCCAAGGAAUUCUCCAGGGUGUGUACCACGGAUUAGGCCGUGGAUGUGGAGCUAUCUUCGGCGGCUUGAUCAUAUCGUCGUACGGUACCGUCACUGCCUUCCGAGGUAUAGGAGUGUCUUACCUGGUCGUGGUUCUCAUCUUUGCUUUUGUUCAAUACAUGGAGAAUGGUAACGAUGAGAAAGACAAAACAGAUGAUGAGGAGGACGCCCUCUCGCAGGUGACUCAAGAGACGGAUUUAACUCGCGAAGAUGAGGGCGCCACCUCGCGUUUAGAGGAGGAUAGCGAUUUGGAUGGAAGCGGAACAGAAUGACGGAGACCUCUCAAGUAUCACUACUUUCGGUGAAAAUGACCCAAACAACUGUAGAAAUAUUGUGUCUCAACUUCUCAAGUCUUCUUAACGUACACUUGAGGUACUCAAUAUCGAAGACGCGGUAGUCGAAACGUCGUAAUAACUUAAGAGACGCGCGUAUUUUAAACAACUGUUAAUGAUUUUCAAUAUGACUAGCGGGAUGUAUUUUAUUUAUUUUCACAGAAAUCUAUUUCACAACGGAUUUUAAAGGGUUUAAAAUGAUGUUGCCGAGGCGAAAUUCUUUGAAAGUCUUUACUAGACUCAAGGGCAAGUCGUUAAAAUGUCUGUCGCGGUUUUGCAGUCGAGACGGUAGCAUCUUCACAUAUCAAAGGCUUUACAGUAUAAACUAACAUAAGUAACACAUAAUUGCAAUGUACUGAUAUAAAAGUAACCCUAAAAUUUAUUUGGUCAGUAACUCAUGAUUUGUUGAAGACUAAAUUCAUUGAAAACCUCUCAACUAAAAAUUGAUAUAAAUAGUUGAUUAUAACAAUAACAAUUUAUUGCCAUAAUUUUAUGUGCACUUUCUCGUAUAGACUUGGUUCAAGUCGGGUCUUAUGA